CCAACUUCCCUCGUUAGAAAAGUGCUUGCAGCUUGACAAAAAAUUAAAUUGCUGAAGAGAACAAAAAAAGGAAAUCGAACAGCGAAAAUGAGCACACAGGCAACCCAAGGUAGCUCUUCACCCUCCAUCGCCGCUAUGCGAUCCCCCAGCAACGAGCCGGAGCAAGUGCCGGUCCACACCUUCGGCGAGGGCGUUUUGGCGACCCUGAACAGCCUCUGCAUGAACAAGCUCUACUCGGACGUGGAGCUCGUUGUGGAGGAUCAGCACCUGCCGGCACACCGCUUGAUUCUAGCCGCGCGCAGUGAGUACUUCCGCGCCCUGCUCUACGGUGGCAUGUCCGAGUCAGAGAAAAGCGUGAUUCGGCUCCCAGAGGUGUCGCUGGAGGCAUUUAAGAUUAUCCUGGGCUACCUUUACUCGGGCACUCUGCCCAUAUCCACUCUGGACGUGGAUGCCUCCUUAAAGGUGCUCGGUUUGGCCAACCAGUAUGGCUGUCUGGCCAUCAGCAACGCAUUCAAGAUCCUGGAAGCAGCACGCCUCUACAAUCUCGAAGAGCUGACCAUGGAAUGCCUAAAAUUCAUUGACUUUAAUGGGGGCUCAAUGUUAAACGAUGAUUCCUUCCUAAUGCUGUCUGAGGAAAUACUUGAAGAACUGCUGCCACGGGACACUUUCAUUGCUGAGGAACUGGAAAUCUUUCGAGCGGUAUGCAGAUGGAGUCGCCACAAUCCGAGCGUGGAUAUCAAGUCGUUGCUAUCGCUUGUACGUCUCCCUCUCAUUGAAGUUAAGGACUUGGUGGGUACGGUUCGUCAAUCUGGAUUCGUUGACCCGAGCACAAUAUGCGACGUCAUCGAUAAGGCGAUUAAGCUGGAGAACCUGCCCUAUCGUGCCCACGUGUUGUCAGGUUUAAAUGAGGCCUCAGAAGAAUGGUAUGCGAAACGUUUGAUAGUGAACAAUAAUGAGACCGUAAUCAAGAUGAACUUCUGGUGCAUUAUUAAUACUAUAUUAAUUAAAAGUUGCCUAUCAAUCCCGUUAAACUGCACCGUGGAGAUCUCUUGCGACAAUGCACGCUGGGUUUGCGUGGGAAAAUUUACAUGUGCAGCCGGGGAUUAUUUGCCUGACAUUAUCAGCUUCAAGCGCAGGCCUGUUCGUUACAUUCGGAUCGUGCAUCCAGAGAGUGGACGCAAUAAUAUGUUGAAGGAGUUUCAGCUAUUUCAAGCCUUUUUAAAUGACGAUAUUCCCUAGGUGAUCGAUCUACUUGCGAUACUUUUUGACAGUAGCGACCCCGGAGUGAGGGUCUGAAGACUUGUUCCUUCUCUUA